AUUUACAAAUCAUUAUUCUUUCAUUCAGUAACCGAGAAUCAUACUACGGAAAAUGGGAGGAGAAACCCAAGUUGCCAUUGUCACCGGUGCCACUUCUGGCAUCGGAGCUGAAGUCGCCAAAUUCCUCGCUGCGCGAGGUUGGAAAGUCGCCAUUGUCGGCCGACGCAGAGAUGUCGGAGUAGCUCUGGCAGCCAGCUUAGGACCCAACGUUUUCUUCUUCCAAGCAGACGUCUCGCAGUAUGAGAGUCAGGCCAAGGUCUUCCGCGAUGUCCACCGGAUCUGGGGCCAGAUCGAUAUGUUCAUUCCCAAUGCCGCAGUUGUGGAUCAAUCGUCGUUUUAUCAGUACGGGUCCCACGAAAAGACGGUGGAUGAAAUUCCUCCGGAGCCGAAUUUGUCUUGCACAGAUGCGGACUACAAGGGUGUCAUCUACGGUGUACAACUGGCGAGACAUUUCAUGAAGUUUAAUCAGCCGCACGGAGGGAAGAUUGUGGUGACGAGCAGCGUUGGAGGCAUGUUUCCUCACCCGUCGUAUCCGGAAUACUGUGGUGCAAAAGCAGCUGUCAACCAAUUCGUGCGAGGCGUUGCACCGCUGCUUAAACAGCGGGAGAACAUCUUGAUCAACUGCGUGCUUCCAGGAAUUGUAGCGACACCGAUCGUGCCACCGGAGAUGAUCGCAGCAGUCACGCCGCAGUGCGUAACACAAAUGGAAACAGUCCUGAGCGCGUUCCAAACCUUCCUGGAUGAUACGACAGGAAUGGCAGGUGAAAUGCUCGAAUGCUCCGGGGACCGGUGUGUCCUCUAUCCGAUGCCGGAAUACGCCAAUGGGAUGGCUACGAAGAGGGCAGUAACCGUAUGGGAGCCUUUAUUCCGGAUGAUGCAUGGGGAUGACUCGCGGCUGCAAGAUGCCAUUCCGUGAUGCACUUUCCUUUUUUUUUUUUUUUUUA